GCCAAGGCCCUGCAAGCUUUGCAAACACAAAAUGUAUGUCGCUCACAAUACUUUUGGCCACGGCUGUACACAAACCAUUUUCCUACUUUAUCAACUUUAAACAGCAAUACAGCAUUCUUGUCCAACACAAACAACCUGAUUUUUCUUAUUUUGUUAACAGUAUAAGCAAACAUGUUCCUUUUGCAAAAGAAAAACGUAUAUAUUCCAUUUCAACGCAAGUGUUCACCUUUAAUUGGAAAUCCACUGCUUUAAAGGUUUGUUCAGCCUGUGUGGAUUGCCUUAGCACAGGUAGGCCCUACAUGCAUCUGCUAAGAUUUCUCCUCAUUCCUUUUACAAAUUGGUCAAAGCAGCUUUGUGAAUAUGUUUUAUGGGGACAACUCUUAGCUAAGAACUUUAAUUGAUAUUUAGUAUAACUCGUUUUUUGCCUUUGGAGUAUUAACAGCUCCUAUCACUACAUCUGACUACAUUGGGGUAGAAAAAAAAGUUCUCUAACUUCAAGUCAAUGCUGCCUUCUAGCGGUGAAAGUGAGUAAAGCAAUAGCAUAACGUCAGGCUCUGAUAACGUUCAGAAUUAUAAACAGGCGUAUGAACAAAGCUCAUGCGCAGUUUAGCUGAUAUCUAAGUAUUUGGGAUGGACCUAUACGUGUUCAGUAAGGUCAAGAAAUAGACCAUCAGAUAAAAUGGACUCCAUGUAUGUGAGCAAUUUUGAGCAGUAUGUUGCUCAUGAUCACAACCCCACGUUCAUUUUAGUUUAAAGGAGACGCAACAAAGCACUCAAAAUGGUAGCGGCGAUGCUCGUACUAAGAAGUGGAUUUGCUGCAGCUUUAAGAACGUAUAUUUUGUGUCUGGUUCUCUAAGAUAUAUUGGUUUCAUGUGAAGCAUUUCAAUAACUAAGUAAAUAUAUUUAAUGUCGAGACGAAUAUGAGAAUAAAUAUGAGACGAAGAUAGCGCAUUGCUAUGGCACAGUGUGGGAUUACGGCUUCAUGUAGGGAACAAAUUCUUACGAAAAAUUCCAAAAUAAACAGGUUUUCUUCUUAAUUGUGUGUAAAGUGGUAAAGUCGUUCCAGGACAAAACUAUUCACAAAGGCACUCACGGCCAUGGAGCCGGAAAGUGACUCAGCCGGCUGCAGAGUUAAAGGUGAAGAGCCGGAGGAUGGAAAGGCCACGAAGCAAUCCCCGGUCAAGAGUGGAAUUGUCCCUGCACGCAGGAUACGAGAGCGUGGAGUUGGUCGCAAAAGGACGGGUGCUUCAGCUUCGCCAGACACCAACGGGGAUUCUGCUGUCAGUCAGAGUCAAAUCUCAGGAAGAGUGCUACGAGACCGGUCCACGAGGACAAUCCCUGCUUGGUUGCGAAGCGACCAGAGUGAUGACGGAGAGGAUGUCAUCCCAGACGUGUCUGCAAACCGGCGGAGGAAAGUUCCACGAAAAAAGAACUCCUCAACAGAAAUUGUCUGGGAUGGCAGUGGUCAGCCUCAACACUCUAGCUGCAGUGAGCCGAAGGAAGUAACGGAUGAUCCCGCCCCACUCUCCCGCCGUUCCCAAGCACGGACUAAAGUCCCACUUGCCUGCUCAGUCAGGAGCUCUAGAGGGUUGUUUAAGAGUGAGCCAGGUGAAGACCAUGCUGAUGUUGAAGAGGAAGCCAUGGUUACUGCAGAGAGAGGUUCUGGAAAGGAGAAAAAAGAGGAGGCCAGUGAGGAUGAAAGUAAUCUCUUAGAGGAUCCUUCUUUCCAAGAUGACCUCAGUGAUCUGAACUAUCAGCCUCAGUCUCAAAGACAUGCAGAGAAUCAAGAGUUCAGCAGUGAUGAAGAUGUCCCUUUUGCCGACGACCUGAAUGACCAGAGCUAUAACCCUAGGUCUGACAGGGAAGCACCUAAACUGAGGGGCAGACCUCCAGCCAGGAAAAGGGAGAAGAAAGAGAAAGAGCAGGAAAAAGAAAAGGAGCUGGACAUAAAGAAAGAGGGUGGAGAGAGCGUUCAGGACGUGAAGUCAGAGAGUGAGCUUGGAGAGGUGACGCAGGAGCCUAGGAAGAGGGGCAGACGAAGGAAAGACGACAAAACACCUCGUCUCCCUAAAAGAAGGAAGAAGCCACCAGUGCAGUAUGUGCGCUGUGAAAUGGAGGGCUGUGGCACUGUCCUAGCACACCCCCGCUACCUACAGCACCAUAUAAAAUACCAGCACCUGCUGAAGAAGAAGUAUGUGUGUCCGCACCCCACUUGUGGAAGGCUUUUCAGACUGCAGAAGCAGCUUCUUCGUCAUGCCAAGCACCACACAGACCAGAGAGACUACAUCUGUGAGUUCUGUGCCCGCGCCUUCAAGAGUUCUCACAACCUGGCUGUACACAGAAUGAUCCACACAGGAGAGAAGCCCCUUCAGUGCGAGAUUUGCGGUUUCACCUGCCGCCAGAAGGCAUCCCUCAACUGGCACAUGAAGAAGCAUGAUGCUGACUCCUCUUACCAGUUCUCCUGUUCCAUCUGCAGCAAGAAGUUUGAGAAGAAGGACAGCGUGGUGGCUCACAAGGCCAAAAGCCAUCCGGAGGUCCUGAUCGCUGAGGCCUUGGCGGCCAACGCUGGCGCUCUCAUUACCACACCCACCUCCCUGCUGGAGGCCCAGGGAAACCCCGUACAAAGUAAGCAAGUACAGGUGGUGCAGGUUGCUCAGUUGAGUAUGUUGGAGACAGUCAACCAGCAGAGUGGGGAGGCAGGGCCAGUUAACCAGCUGGUUGGGGAGGAGGGACCAGCCUAUGAGCAGGUGGGGCAGAUGAGCCACCAGGUUGUAGUGUUAGGACAAGAUCAGAACCUCCACACAAUGCAGGUGCCGGUGACUCUAGCCCUGUCUGCCGCUGGCCCCCCUUCACCCACGGCCAACCCCCAAAAAACCCAACUGCAGUUCCAGAUGCCCCUUCAGUUCGUGCAGACGGCCACAGCUCAACGGUUGCAACAGCAACCGCAAAUCCAACAACUGACCCUACAUCCCAGCUCCGUGGUCACCCAGCACCAGGCCCAGGUCCAGCACCUGCCGCUUCAAUCCUAUCAGCAGCAGCCGCAGGAGGGUCAAACCCCAAUUCUCCACAUGACUUUUGAACCUAUAUCCCAGUUGCAGACCCACAUCCAACAGAGCCCUUGUCUAGUGUCCCCUCAGCAUCUCCACACCCUUCCAACUGUUCCCCAGACCUCUGCCUCUAGCCCCACACUUCUGCCCCAAGACCCAGAUUCUACCAAUGGAGAAAGCUACAUCCUGGACGGCCCCACACUCUCCUCUUCCUCUACUUUUUCCGUAAACACCCUUCAUCCAGUGAACACAAUGGGUGAGAUAGGCAAGGCCUGGGAACAGAACGGAGAAGGGCUGGUCUUGGCUAAUUGCACAGAAAAACAAAUGGGACAUACACUUAUUUAGUAUAGCCGUGGUUACAAAGGGGAAAGAUAGCUUUUUCCCCUAACCUAGCUGUGACCCUUUAAACGUGUGAUGCAUUUACAAUAAUCACAAAUAGGCCUACAGGAAUUGUUAUGUACUCUUCGUUUUUGUAGCAUUUUAGGGUGAUAUAUAAAGUAUAUCAGGGAAAAUGUGUAUAAGUUAUGAGUUGCCUUUGUACAUAAAGUGAUGGAGUUUGCCAAUCUAUAUCCAUUGACCCUUUGUGUGUGCACAUGUGAUGUUACUACAAUAACUGUAUAUUUUCUGGCUGUAAAACACACACUGGAAACAUUAGAGGCAUUUAUUUACCAUUUAUAAAUGAUUACAUUACAUAUCAACCAGUCUUUUUAUAAAGGAUCCACACUGAGAAUUUCCUUAGACAUCAAACAGCGAAAGGUAUGUAAACAGGUAUGAAAGUUGUAUAUUUAACAGUGGUCAAUAUUAUCCAUUAAAGGAAGAGUUCAACCCAAAA